UACCGAGGGAGGCGGCGGCCAUCUUGGCGGCGGCGGGGCGAUGAGCGGCUCGAAGGCGAGGGCGGCGGCGGCGGCGGCGGGGCCGGAGAAGAAGCCGCCGCCAGGGACCGGGGGGCCGCUCAGCCGCCUGAGGGGGCGGCGCGGCUCGACCGACGCGGCGCCGCGGCCGCCGUGGACCGAGUCCGAGUUGCUGGCGCUGGAGACCGUCCGGCCCGAGCACGUCCUGGGGCUGUGCCGGGUGACGGAGAAUUAUUUAUGCAAACCUGAAGACAACAUUUACAACAUCGACUUCACCAGGUUUAAGAUCCGGGACCUUGAAACUGGAACAGUGCUGUUUGAAAUUGCAAAGCCAUCUGCUUCAGAGCAAGAUGAUGAGGAUGACGAUGACAACAGUGAACUGGACGCUAGUGCAGGCCGCUUUGUUCGUUACCAGUUCACCCCAGCAUUUCUCCGUCUUCGGACUGUUGGCGCAACAGUGGAAUUCACAGUGGGAGAAAAGCCAGUGUCAAACUUUCGAAUGAUUGAGAGACAUUACUUCCGAGAUCGCUUGCUGAAGAACUUUGACUUUGAUUUUGGCUUCUGCAUCCCCAGUAGCAGGAACACAUGUGAACACAUUUAUGAAUUCCCUCAGCUCUCAGAAGACCUUAUCCGUCUGAUGGUUGAAAAUCCGUACGAGACCCGCUCAGACAGCUUUUACUUUGUGGACAACAAGUUGAUUAUGCACAACAAGGCCGACUAUGCUUACAAUGGAGGACAGUAAUGAUUCUAAGUCCGCUGGAUGCUGUGAUGCUGUUAACCGUUCCAGAUGUCCAGGAGUGGACUGGAGUUGCUGCCUCGUGCAAAAAGGCUUCUUGCCAAACCUUUUCUCCUUGCGUGAGGCUGAAAACAUGAAGCAAAGAUGACAGCUCAUGGAAGUAAAGGAAAUCUCCCUGCAACACUUCUCUAUCUGACAUUCAACGUAUCCUGCCUCUCGUUCUCUUAUUUCUGGUUACCUUCUGGUACCUUGGUUAGGUCAUGGAUCAGAGGCACUGUUAGAAAAUUCUUGCUGUUACAGUCUUUAUAGUUAGGUUGCACCUUUAGUGCUCUGAUAUUUCACCUGCUGGGUGACUACCCUCUUUCAAGAGGUCAGAUUGUUCGGGUAAGCUAUUUCUUAGCAGGAAAAUUUUACCCCUUCAAGUAGCCAGUGAUGUCUAAAGAGCAGAUCUUUUCUUCGGGUGGACAGAUCGUCUCUUUAGUGCACAGUGGUUUAGUUUGUAGCACGGCUGACGUUGCUUUUUAGGGCGCAUCCCAAUAUUCUCCAGUGGGAAAGAUAAGAGACUAAUUCAGCUUCUAAGCAGUGCAAGAAUCUUCCUUCUGCCUCCAGGGGCCUGAGCUGCCCCUGAGAACAGUUUAAUCUGUGUCUUGCCAGAGAUUUCACUAGAGAUACGAGAUAGGGGGGAAAAAAGGGGCUUUAUCCAGGUUGGUCAUCGAGUCAGUCUGAUAGCAUUUCUGUUUGAGCUCUUGUGAGCAAAUUGUUGCAUUUUGGAGCUCAGGGGUCAACCUUAGAGCUGAAGUUAAUCUCAUUAUAUUUACCAUUUCUCCUUCUUCCCUUUGUGUAGGAAUUUUGGCUCUUGCUACAGAGUGUAUUGCUUUUUAGAUCGACGGCACAUUGUCAGUCUAGCUGGGGUGGAGGGGAGGUGUCAGUCUAGUGGGGCUUAAAGGAAAAAGGGAGAAUGUGGGAAAAUGCCUUGAAAAAUGUGUAGGAAGCAGAGCUUCCUGGGCUUCAAUCUCUCUAAUUUUAAAACUGAAUGAUCUGUCAGAGGUGCUGGAAGGAGAGAUGGUGGUGUUAUGAACUCAUUUGCUUUGUUUCAUUUGAGGUAUUAGUAGCUAACAGCUUCCUGGGUCAGAUCACUCAGUGUUACGGAGUGAGAUUCUUACAAAGCGAGAAUUUACAUGAUUCUCUUUUUUAGUAGUUUGAGCUCCCAUCACUGCUUUGCCUACUUAGCUGCCUAUUUAUUGUUUAGGAAGUUCUUCUGCCAAGGUAGUUACCACCAGACCAGAGGGUGUAUUUUACAGCUGUGUUUGGGGUCUGGCAAUAGGAAGUAUCAAGAUGCAGUGGGAGAAGGAGACCCGUGUCUUCCCAGCAGCCAUGCAAACCCUUUUCUGCUUAUUUUGCUGUCUCUCAAGACUGGCAUUUUUCCUGUGUCCUCGCUGGACUGGUCAGUUGUGUCUCUUGUACAUGGCAGUUAGGUUGUGUCUAGACUAGAGAUGUUUGCUAGUAUUAGUUCUAUUUGUUCCUUGAGACAAUUGAAACCUAACUCCUUGGUGGACACAGUUGGUUACCUAUUGUGUUAAGUAAGAUUCAGUGUAGUUUAUGUUUCAGCAGGAUUAAGUGGGGUGGGCAUCACACCCUGGAGCCUGUUAACGCGUAGACAGCAAUAGGAAGCCGCUGCCUUUAUCUCGCAGAUUAACGAUACUGACUUCGGCGUAGAAGAUCAGCUGGCAUCAGGGUAAGCAGUGAGAGUAUGUGGGGUGGCAGCCAUGAAAGAAUCUCCAGCUCUUGGGAAGAUAUUUAAUUAUGAUUAACCACAACAAAUGACCUGUUCUGGGUGGAGCAUUAAUUAUGAGCAACCACAACAAAUGUCUUGGGAAUGCAGAGGGGCAAGGUCUACGUGGUUGAAAGAUGAAGAACAGUUCUGCUACCAUCAAUCCCCUCCAGCAUCUCUACAGGCACUUAGGCAAUCUUGUUUAGAUAUUUCAGAAUUAGUUAAAGCUGCUUGUAAGGUGGAGCUUGAGAUGCCUCUUGCAGCGAUUGUCUUCAGAAGGCCUCGUGUCAUGCCAGGGAAGGUGGGAAACAUUUGUUUUGCUGGAAGUUACUUGUGACAAGGCAGAACUGCCUGGAAGUGUGCUUUUCAUCCUGAAGAGUUCUGAGAUGCUCAGGAUAGCGUCUGAAGAGCCUGCUAGUUAUUCCCUGGGAAAUUUGAGCAUAUUGAGCUGAAUUUGUAUGUAGUAUAAAUCCAGGUGCCUUUAAAUGUUACUUUUAUUGCAUUUUCUGCAUGAAGCAACCUCUUGCUUUUCUUAUCAGUGUGAUGAUUCCCAUCUGUUUUCUAUGUCACUGUGUAAAGGUUCUUAAAAGGAAGAUAGACUGUUGCCAGAGCGAGCAGCAGAAAUCACUGUACGGGCAAAUGACGAUUUGUGUGAGCCGUUAGUAGUAGUCAGCGUGCAGCUCUGCACGGUCGGGCUAUUUGUAGGGAGUGUGGGUGCCAUCUAGCCGCUGCUUUGCAGAAUGCGACUGGCAGCAGGAGAGCACUCUGCCAAAUGUCAGUGAGGCAUUUGAUG